AUGUCAUUUCCAAAUGGCACCAGCCUAAUUCCAGCUUCAUUCAUCCUCAAUGGCAUCCCUGGGCUGGAAGAAGUGCACCUGUGGAUCUCUUUCCCCCUGUGUACCAUGUACAGCAUUGCCAUUACAGGGAACUUUGGCCUUAUGUUCCUUAUCUACUUUGAAGAAGGCUUACACAGACCUAUGUACAUCUUCCUAGCCCUUCUUUCCUUCACGGAUGUCCUCAUGUGUACCAGCACUCUUCCCAACACCCUCUGCAUAUUGUGGUUCAAUCUCAAGGAGAUUGAUUUUAAGGCCUGCCUGGCCCAGAUGUUCUUUGUGCACACCUUCACUGGGAUGGAGUCUGGGGUGCUCAUGCUCAUGGCCCUGGACCGCUAUGUGGCCAUUUGCUACCCCCUGCGCUAUGCCACUAUCCUCACUAAUUCAGUCAUUGCCAAGGCCGGGCUCCUCACUUUUCUUAGAGGUGUAAUGCUUGUUAUCCCUUUCAUUUUCCUCACCAAGCGCCUGCCAUACUGCAGGGGCAAUGUCAUACCCCAUACGUACUGUGACCACAUGUCUGUGGCUAAGAUAUCCUGUGGCAAUGUUAAAAUCAAUGUCAUCUAUGGUUUAAUGGUCGCCCUCUUGAUUGGGGGCUUUGAUAUCUUCUGCAUCACGAUAUCCUAUACCAUGAUUCUUCGUGCAGUUGUGAGUCUGUCAUCAGCAGAUGCUCGACAGAGAACUUUCAGCACCUGUACUGCCCACAUCUGUGCCAUAGUCAUCACCUAUGUCCCAGCUUUCUUCACCUUCUUUACACAUCGUUUUGGGGGACACACAAUUCCUCCACACAUACACAUUAUUAUGGCUAACCUCUAUCUACUCAUGCCUCCCACAAUGAACCCUAUUGUGUAUGGAGUGAAAACCAAGCAGAUACAAGAAAGUGUCAUUAGGUUUUUGCUGAAGGGAAACAAUAGUUCUCAUAAUAUUUAA